UCCGCACUCACACAUUCUUUCCCUCCCCUCUCUAACUUUUUUUCGUCCCUAAAUCAAACUCUUCGACCAUAUUAAUAAUCUUUCUUGCACCACUGCCGCGAAGAGAAGGAAUGAGUGUUGUAACGACGGGAGAAGGGAUUUAUGAGCACCGCGUCUGACAGCUGAGCUCCUUCGGCAAUGCCACAGUCCCCUCUCUGAUGAGACGAUGAGAACCCACACCCGCGGGGCCCCCACAGUCUUCUUCAUAAGUCUGUUGUGGCCCUUGCUCGCUCCGCUGUUGGCAGCAGCGGCGGAAGUGGACCCCAGCGGAGGAAUCCCCUUCAUGGGAGGCAACUACAAUGGUCAUCCCAUGCUAUACUUCAAUCAGGGGGAUGUGGAGCAGCUGCAGUAUGCAGCCGCAGGGACUCACGGGGUUAUGGCGAGCAGGAUCCGCGAGGCGGGCGAAACCAUGCUGGAGCAUCCUGAGAUGUACCUGCCCCCCUGGAGUCCUGCAGCAUUUGCCGCUCGCUGGAACGAGGUGUACGGGAACAACCUGGGUGUGCUGUCCAUGUUCUGCGUGCUGUACCCACACAGGGCCGGGGCCCUCGACCUGGCCAAGGACUACAUGGAGAGGAUGGCGGCGCAGCCUAGUUGGUUGGUUAAAGAUGCCCCCUGGGAUGAAGUUCCAUUGGCACACUCUUUGGUCGGGUUCGCCACUGCUUAUGACUUUCUUUAUGAGUACUUGAACAAGGAUCAGCAGGAACGUUUCCUCCAGGUGAUUGGCAACGCGACGCGCCUGAUGUACGAGAAGUCCUACGUCCGCGGCUGGGGCUUUCAGUACCUGCACAACCACCAGCCCACCAACUGUGUGGCUCUGCUCACAGGAAGCCUGGUUUACAUGACUCAAGGCUACCUCCAGGAGGCCUACCUGUGGACCAAGCAGGUUCUGUCCAUCAUGGAGAAGUCCAUAGUCCUUUUGCAGGAUGUGACGGAUGGUUCUCUGUAUGAAGGCGUGGCCUACGGGACAUACACCACCCGCUCUCUGUUCCAGUACAUGUUCCUGGUGCAGCGCCACUUUUCCAUCAGCCACUUCGACCACCCUUGGCUCCUUAAACACUUUGCCUUCCUGUACAGGACUAUCUUGCCAGGAUUUCAGCGGACUGUGGCCAUCGCAGAUUCCAACUACAACUGGUUCUACGGGCCAGAGAGCCAGCUGGUCUUCUUGGACCGUUAUGUGUUACGUAAUGGCAGUGGAAACUGGCUGGCAGAUCUGAUUCAUCAAAACAGGGUGAUGGAGGGGCCAGGGCAGGCUGGAAAAGGCCAGAGAUGGUGUACUCUCCACACAGAGUUCAUCUGGUAUGACCCAGGACUACUUCCCAAGCCUCCAUCAGAUUUUGGAACAUCCCAGCUCCACCACUUUGAGGACUGGGGUGUGGUGACGUACGGCAGUGCUUUACCCGCAGACACCAACCGCACCUUUCUCUCCUUUAAGUCAGGGAAGCUGGGGGGACGUGCCAUAUUCGACAUCGUUCACAUGAACAAAUACAAAGAGUGGAUCAAAGGGUGGAGGAACUUUAACGCUGGUCAUGAGCACCCUGAUCAGAACACUUUCACUUUUGCACCCAAUGGUGUCCCAUUCAUCACAGAGGCACUGUAUGGACCCAAGUACACCUUGUUGAACAAUGCAGUAUUGUUUAGCUCUGCAGUCUCAGGGAGCUGCUUUAAGCCGUGGGCUGGACAGGUUACAGAAGCCUGCGAUUCCAAGUGGUUAAAGUACAAGAUGGGGCUGGCAGCUGACGCCCAGGGUAAAGUAGAAGCUGCUUUGGAGAGACAGGGAAUGGUCUUCAUCCGUGGUGAGGGACAUUCCGCUUAUAAUCCAGAGUUGAAGAUCAGAAACUUCCAAAGGAACCUUCUCCUUCUUCAGCCACAGCUCCUGCUCCUGGUGGACCACUUCCACCUGGACCCAGACAGCCCCACCAGGGUCAUGAGUGCCUUCUUUCACAACACGGAGCUUCCAUUCCAGGGUACAAAAGUAGAUGGUGUCCAUGGAGCGUUUGUAUCACACGGUGAGGAUAUGUAUAAGAUGUUCUGGAUGGAUGACACAGGUUACAGUAACAAAGGAGUGGUAGGUUACUGGAACUACCCUCGAGGGUACGCCUACAAUGGCUCUAACUAUGUGAACGUCACAAUGCCAUUAAGGUACCCUCACACCAGGGUGGCCUACAUUUUCUUUGGGCCAGGUGUGGAUGUACAGAGCUUCAGCCUGCGUGGCGACGACCAGAGAGUGGAUAUUUACCUGGCCACCAAGGAGCACACCUACACUAUCUACCUGCUGACUUCAGAGGUGACCAGCAAACCUCUGUAUGCCAUGGUGCUGCUGGACCACAAGAAGAUUGUAUUCGAGAAGGCAGCAGCUGCAGAGGACAGCUCGCCUGAGGAAGUGGAGGAAUACGUCAACGUGGUGGAGGACAACCUCCAGCACGUCAAGCCCGUCUUCCAGCAAAUGGAGAGGCACAUCCUAGGACGGGUUCUCAACACCGCCAGCUUCCGUAAGACUGCGGAGCGCCUCCUCCAGUUCUCGGACAAGAAGAAGACAGAGGAGGUCAUCGAGAAGAUGUUUUCAAUGUCUAAGAAACAGGGCAGGGGUAAAGGGGGGAAGAAAUUGAACUUUGGGGAGAAGCUUGAGAGUCUACCUGACAUUUUUGCACAGAUUGAGGUAAAUGAGAAAAAGGUGAGACAGAGGACUUCAAAGCGUACAUAUGAGGACAGCCCGGAGGAGGGAGAGGGAGACUCCAGGGCCUUUAUGGAUUAUACAGAUGGCCGCAGAAACAGAAAGGGGGCCUUUGUCAAGGGCCGUAAAUUCAAGGAGGUUCACAUGGUGGCCACGGCAGGAAGCGAAGGUCUCUCCAGCACCUCCUCCUACAUAAGACUCUUUCUCCUCCUGAACACUGCCACCUUCUUUCUGCUGUUGGCUGUGUUACUGACUCGCUUCCAGAGAGGUCGGAGUUUGCGCACGCAGAGAUGUUUCUACACCAUCCUUCUGAUCGACUGCUUCAUCUUACUUUACCUCUACUCCUCCUGCUCUCACUCACAGUGUUAAAAUCACGACUGUGUGAGGGGUCAUCAGAUCAAAUGACCCUAAAUGCACCCCACACCUCAGUCUGAGCCAGAUCUUAUGACACAAUAUUAGGGCUUCUUUUAGAAAAUAAAAAAUUUGAGAUUUCUAGAAAAUGUCUUCAAUAUUAUUGAGAAAAAUGUAAUAUUGUUAGAAUAAAGUUAUAAUUUUACAAGAAAAAAAGCUAAAACAUUUCAAUGAUAAUAUCAUAAUGUUAUGAGAUUCUUAUUUGAAUAUCUACUUAGAUUUACUUGUCAAAUGAGGGAUACAUAUGAGCUGAAGUUAUAGCUUUAAUUAAUGAACCUUAUUAUUAUUGUUUACACCUUUUUAGCAUCUCUCUUAUCUUAUCAUAUUAAGACCUUUAAUAGAAAUGACAACUUAUAUUUUUGUAAUAUGCGUUUUAUUUUCACAAUAUAAGAUAAGAUAAGAUAAACUUUAUUGUCCCAAAGGAAAUUAGUCUCAGGCAAGAUGUGCUGGACACAGCUGCAUACAGAUAGUCCAUACAUGCUAACAUAAAAGUACAGUCAGGACAUAAAAAUACAGUGCAAGACCAUGUAUAACCAUACAUAUUCGAACAUGACAGCAACAAACAAGAUGCACUUAUACCUUGGGUACAAUGUAACCGGCCUUUAUGAUGAAAAAAUAAAUAAAACUUAAAUCUGCAAUCUAAAGAAUAAAUAGUUGAAUUUAAGAAAGAUUUUUAAAAAAUAAACAAGAUAGGCUUUUGUUCUAACAUCAUGCCUUUUAUUCCCAAAUAUUAUUACAGUUCUUUCCAAAAAAGGAUUGGAUUCUUUCUUUUUUAUUAUUGUAUUAUUCAUUUUUGCUAUUGUUAUAUCUUUUCUAGAAAUUACACAUUUUCUUUCCUAAUUUUCUAGAAUUAUUUUUCUAGAAAUUAGGGUGCAUUCUCAUAAAAUUCAGACUUUUGUGUGUAUUCUUGAAAUCUCAGAUUUUUUUCUUAACUGUGGCUCAAAUAAUUGUAAGAUCUACCUAAUGGGUGUUCAGGAAAAAACCCAACUGAUUCCAAAUAGGAAUUGAUAAAGAUGUCCAGAUGAAACAAAACCACCUCUGAUGUAAUAGGCUUCUGUGGAGCUUUAGAACCAAAUCUGUGUGAAGUUUGUCCUUUGUUGUGUUCAGAGGUCCUGCCUUGUAUCAAAGAUCUCAAGGUUAGCCACUAUGAUAGUCACCACAUCUGUACUUGAGAUUUUUCUUGUCUACAUAGUUCAUAUAAAUACAUCUAAAUGUAUAUAUGUGAAAGUGAGAUAUAUUUUUAUGGUGUUUUUAUAUAUUUUUAUGGUGUAUGGUCUUACCAUUUGUAA